AGCCCCCCUCCCCCAGGACCCCCUGUGCUGUUGAUGCUCUUACUUUUUCUCACUGGGUGUAGGUCUUGACCUAUUCUUGGCUAUGUCGGAAACGGUUCCUGCUGCCUCGAGUAGCCUUGUCCCAGCUCCUGUCGAGAGACCUCCGUCUAAAAGGCGAGGGAAGAAACCUGGCCUGGCUGCUGCUCGCAAACCCCGGGGUUUCUCGGUUUCCAAGUUGAUUCCUGAGGCUCUUUCGAUGUCUCAGGAACGGGCAGGAAUGUCCCUUGCUGCCCUAAAGAAAGCCCUGGCUGCGGCUGGCUAUGAUGUGGAGAAGAACAACAGCCGUAUCAAGUUGGCCCUCAAAAGACUUGUGAAUAAGGGGGUCCUGGUGCAGACCAAGGGCACCGGUGCCUCCGGCUCCUUCAAGCUCAGUAAGAAGGCGGCUCCUGAGAACGCCAAGGGUAAGGUCAAGAAAUCUGCUUCUGCCAAGGCUAAGAAGCUGGGCUUGUCCAAGGCGUCGAGAUCCCCCAAGAGCAGUAAGACCAAGGUUGUCAAGAAGCCGAAGGCCACCGCCACAAAAACACCAGGGAGCAGACAGAAGACCAAAGGCACCAAGGGUGUACAGCAGCGGAAAAGCCCCGCCAAGACGAGGGCAGCCAACCCCAAUGCUGGCAAGCCAAAGAUGGUCCUGCCGAAGACCGACCCGAGGAAGGCAGCAGCAAAGAAGCCUUGGCUUGAGGAGUGACAAAAGACCAUAGCAGGGUGGCUUGAGAGAUUUAGUCAAGAUGCUCUUGAAGACCAGAGCUUGGAUAUCAGAACUCACAACAGAUGGUUCACAACUGCAACUCGUUUCCGGGGAAUCUGACGCCCUCUUUAUCUGAACAAACGUGGCACACACACGAGAACUUAAAAUGAUAUAAAGCCAUCGCGCAACUAUGCAGUUCGUGUAUAGAAUGGCCCUCCCCAAUAAAGGAUGUGUACUUAGCCUUAU